AUGGAAGCAAUGUCUCUUAAGUUCACCUCAGAGGAAAGAAGUCAACUUACUACAACUUUCUAUCAACAGUUUUACGAGCAGAUGUGCGACGAUAACGUCAUGACCAAUUCGAUAGAGCGCCUUCGAACGCUUGGCAACGGUAGAUUGGCCGAAAAAGUCGAUAGAUUGGAGGAAAUUGCUGGCGAUAUUAUGGACCCAGCCAAAAUCGACCGGUUAGCGGACGAUCUCGGAAUGCAGCGCGUUCUUUGUCAUGGUGAUUUGUGGACAGCGAAUGUGUUAUGGAAGAAAAAUGGUUAUAAAGAACUCAAACCAGCUGCCAUAAUAGACUUUCAGUGUGCACAUAUGGGUUGCCCGGCUAGUGACGCAGUAAUAAUGAUUCUCUCAUGCCUGAGCGGAAAAGAUAGGCGGAAGCACUGGAAGGAGCUGCUCAAGUAUCUCUGUGAUAAUGUGAAGAAAGAAGUAGGAAAUAUGGAAAUGCCCUAUACCCUGCAGCAGCUGGAAGAAGCCUACUCCCGGAGUUUGCCUUUUAUGGGACUGACAUUCGUGCCUUUCGCAGUGCCCGUUCUUGACAAGAUGUCUGAAGAUACUGAUACUGAGGAAAAGAGAGAAGUAAUGGAUGACAUUCGAUGA